AUGGUUCUGAUAUCAGUGGAUCGUUAUGUGGCCAUCUGUGACCCUCUGCGUUACUCCACCAAAGUCACUCAGAUGAAACUCCUCAACGCCUCCUGUAAGAGGAUCACACGUCCUCGCUCCGAGGCUCUGAUCAUUUACAUCCUGAUGUCCUGCGUCUCUCUGCUCACUGUGGUUCUCAACCUGCUGGUCAUCGUCUCCAUCAUCCACUUCAGGCAGCUUCACACUUCCACCAACCUCCUUCUCCUCUCUCUGGCUGUGUCUGAUUUCCUUGUUGGUCUCAUAGUGAUGCCAUUUCAGAUCCUCUUAACAGAGCCGUGCUGGUUUCUAGGUGAGCUGACGUGCACUGCGUUUGUUUUUGUAUUGUAUAUCACUGUCUGUGCCUCCGUAGGAAACAUGGUUCUGAUCUCAGUUGACCGUUAUGUGGCCAUAUGUGAACCUCUGCAUUACUCUACCAAAGUCACUAGGACAAAAGUUAAGUUGUGUGUUCUUCUGUCGUGGGUUUUGACAGUUUUUUAUGCCUUCAUGAUGUUAUACGGUAACCUUGAGGAUCCAGGUAGGUUCAACUCCUGUUAUGGUGAAUGUCUGAUUAACGUAAAUGCAGCUGUUGAUCUAGUGAUAAGCUUUAUCCUCCCCAUCUCAGCCAUCAUUGUUCUGUAUGUGAGGGUGUUUGUUGUGGCUGUGUCUCAGGCUCGUUCCAUGCGUUCCCACAUUGCAGCUAUUAAACUGCAGCGUUCACUGACUGUGACUGUUCAGAGGUCAGAACUGAAAGCAGCCAGGAUUCUGGGUGUGGUUGUUGUUGUGUUCCUCAUGUGUUACUGUCCAUCCUAUGGUAUCUCUUUCUCUGGACCUGCCAUCAAAAUGAGUUCUUCAACUAAUCUUUUUUUUUUUUUCCUGGUAUAUUUUAACUCCUGUCUGAACCCAGUGAUUUACGCCUUUUUUUACCCCUGGUUCAGAAAAUGUGUGAAACUCAUUGCUAUGCUUCAUAUACUGCAGCCUCAGUCCUGUCUGACUAAUGUCAUGUAAACCUGACACCCAGGGAGACUGAAAUGAGCUAUUUCAUGUAAAGGGGCAGAUGUGUUGUGUUUGGACAAUAAA